UUUGAAAAUUCGAAACUUGAAACAGAAUGAAAGGGACUAUAUAACUUAUUUCUUUAAGAAGAAAAACCAAAGCUUUGGCUGUACGAUUCAGUGUUCCGAUUGCUUGGCUUUGUUUGUAUAAAUACAAAAAGCAAGCGCUUUUGGGUUUUGAUCGGUCGGGGAUGGCAGAAGUCGAAGUGGGUCAAAGCUCAAACUCGGCUUUCUCUGAUCAAAUAUGGGCUAAGCUUGUUCCCUCCGACUCAAGAUUUUCAGAUGUUGAGAUAAAGGCUGAUGAUGUUCUUGUUUGCUCCCACACAACCCCUUCUUCUUCUUCUGAGCAACAUCAAUGGUGUCAAAUUAUAAGAAAUUCAGAUUUGUCUUCUGCCACUUUGCACAAUAAGAGUUCACAUGCAAUUCUUGCGAAUGAGGCUGUCAUCCCAAAUGAAGACUCUGUUGUCAUUAAUUGCGGAACUGAAAUUAUCCCUGGUCCUUGUAGAGAAGGGUAUUUGAGCUAUAGAUUCAAAAUAAUGCCCAGACCCGAAACCUCUCAGAAGAAAUUAAAGAUAAGCAUAGAUGUUGAUCAUGCAAAAUGCAGUAUUUGCCUAAGUGUGUGGCAUGAUGUUGUUACUAUUGCCCCUUGCUUCCAUAACUUCUGCAACGGAUGUUUCUCAGAAUGGUUAAGGCGAUCACAAGAAAAACGGUCAAAUGUACUCUGUCCUCAAUGUAGAGCUGUUGUGCAGUUUGCUGGAAGAAACCACUUUCUGCAGAACAUUGGAGAGGAUAUACUGCAGGCUGAUUCUUCUUUAACACGUCCAAAUGAUGAAGUUGCAAUUUUAGAUAAAUAUGCAUCAAUACAAUCAAACCUUGUCAUUAAGAGAGGAAAGAGGUCUCGCCGGAAAAGGGCUUAUUCACCAGUGGACGAGUUAAGUGGUGACAUAGAUCUUCCGUGCCCUCAAUGCGGUACCGAAUUUGGUGGUUUUCGCUGCAACGAUAACACUGUCCACUUACAAUGUCAAACAUGUGGAGGAAUGAUGCCUUCUCGACUCAAUGCUACUGUAGCACAACACUGUUUAGGCUGUGAUAGGGCAUUUUGUGGUGCUUAUUGGCAUUCUAUAAGAGCUACAGGAACAGGUGCUCAUGCAAUGUGCGGUCCUGAGACCUUUAAACCGAUUUCAGAACGUACUAUCUCUAGAAUUCCUUUCUGGGCGCAUGAAAAGAAUCGACAUGAGCAAGAUAUUACAGAGAAGUGUUUUAGACAAAUGGGCAGAACAUUGCAGGAUGUUGUUACAGAAUGGAUUGAAAAGUUGAACAACAGAGAGCUUGAUCGAACUAGAAUGCCACUCAAUCAUGCUGAAAUGAUAACAGCUGGGACUCAUUUAUGCAAUGAUUGUUAUGAGAAACUGGUGUCAUUCCUGUUGUACUGGUUUCGGAUUUCGAUACCCAAACAUCUUCUUCCAGCAGAGGCAGCUGCAAGGGAGGAUUGUUGGUAUGGAUAUGGUUGUCGAACGCAGCACCACAGCGAAGAACACGCUCGCAAAAGGAAUCAUGUCUGUCGUCCAACAAGGGGUUCUAAUACGUAGUCAUUUUUUGCAGAUUCAUAUAUUUUCUUUUCUUGUGCAAACACAGAUGAUAUUAUUUAAACGAACUUUAUGAAAAUGGAUUCUUUCUUUGUUUGUUUCUAA